CUUCUCUUCUCUACCCUCUAUAUACUAAUUAACUAAUUAAUGAUAAUUGUAUUUUAUUAAUUAUUAUCGUCCUAAGUAUUAAUUUCUUUUUAAUCAAGAAAAAAAAUAAAAAAAUAAAAAAAAAGAGCAAAGCGAUCUCAUCUUAGAUUUUUUGUUACGCUUGGAGGAAUAAUUGUUUUUGGUUCGGGUCCUGUAUGGCCUUUCACGUAGCUUGCCCAAUCACUUGCCGUCGGAUCUGUUUCUGCUCGUUAGGGUUCCCUCGCGAUCUCCGUACCGCCAAUUCGAAACGCGAGUUUCUGACACGUGUGAACCGAGUGGAGGAAUCUCUAAUCGAUGAUCCUUGGCGAUCUUCUUCUAAGGUUGUUACGGUUCAGGUCAAGGUUCCUAAGGUCCCUCCCGCGGAUUCGAUUCCGGUGAUUGGAGAUGUUGAUGAAGCCGCGGCGGCGCAUAAGAAGCGUGUUUCUCUUCAGAGACAAGCGGCAGUUACGGUUGAAGCUGCUGAGGAUUACGCUCGGAGGUUCGAAUCUGGUGGUGAUGAGCUUUAUUGUAAGGAUCAGGUUGGUGAGGAGUUAGGUCAGUGUGGAGUGAAUGUGAUGUGUAGAAUGUGUUACUUGGGAGAGAGUUAUGGGAGUGAGAGAGCGAGGAGGAUGGUUUCUUGUAAAAGCUGUGGGAAGAAGUAUCAUAAGAAUUGUGUUAAGUCUUGGGCUCAACAUAGAGAUUUGUUUCAUUGGAGUUCAUGGAGUUGUCCUUCGUGCAGAGUUUGUGAGGUCUGCCGUAGAGCAGGAGAUCCUAACAAGUUUGUGUUCUGCAAAAGGUGUGAUGCCGCUUACCAUUGCUAUUGCCAGCAUCCUCCGCACAAGAAUGUAAGUUCGGGGCCAUAUUUGUGCCCGAAGCAUACAAGAUGCCACAGCUGUGAUUCUACUGUCCCUGGAAAUGGCCUUAGUGUCAGGUGGUUUUUAUCGUAUACUUGCUGUGAUGCUUGUGGUAGAUUGUUCGUGAAGGGAAAUUAUUGUCCCCUAUGCUUGAAGGUGUAUAGGGAUUCAGAAUCAACGCCAAUGGUAUGCUGUGAUCUUUGUCAGCGCUGGGUGCAUUGCCAUUGCGACGGAAUAAGUGAUGAGAAAUAUCUUCAGUUUCAAGCUGAUGGGAACCUACAAUAUAAAUGUGCCACAUGUCGUGGGGAGUGUUAUCAGGUGAAGGAUCUUCAGGAUGCAGUUCAAGAACUUUGGAAGAAGAAAGAUAUGGUGGACACAGAGUUGGUAGCUAGUUUACGGGCUGCUGCUGGUUUGCCAACAGAUGAAGAAAUAUUUUCGAUGUCUCCGUUUUCAGAUGAUGAAGAAUAUGGUCCUGUGUCUGGGCGUUCAGUGAAGCUUUCUAUCAAAGGACUAUUGGAUAAAUCCCCAAAGAAAAGCAAGGAGUACAGAAAACAUGCUAGUAAAAAAGGUCAUCAUACUAAGUCAGAGCUCCAACAAAAUUCUGAAGUUCAUCACGGGAUGGAAUCUCAGAGAAGCAGGCUAAGUGGUGCUAAAAUUGAUACUUUUGGAAUUCAGAUAAAUGAACGAUCUGAUGUCCGCUCUUCUGUGGCUGGAAUUUGCUCAACACAUGAACCUAAGAUUGUGAAACACAAGAGGGUUGAUGAAGUUAUGGUGACUGAUGAGGAAAAGCCAUCAAGGAUAGUGAGAAUAAAGUGUAGCAACAAGCCUCAUGAUUCUGAUAGCGAGGACACCCAAAGGAAGGCAAAGAAGUUGGUCAUUAAUCUCGGUGCGAGGAAAAUAAAUGUCAGUGAUUCUUCCAAGUCUAACGUUGUAUCGCAUUCGAGAGACAAAGAUCAGUCUUCAGGGGAGGUACGAACUUUGAAGAUCUCUGGAAGGUUUGGGAAAACUCAAUCUGAAGAAAGUAAAGGUACAUUUGGGUCGAUCACACAGUUCCCUGCAUCAACAAGCGCAGGCAGUCAUGUAGAUGACAAAACAUCCACCUCACCAUCUUUACAGAAAGAAGCUAGACCUAUGCUGAAAUUUAAACUCAGGAAACCUGAUUCGGGAGAUCAGACAUCUUUGGCUACAACGCAAUCUGAGGAUGAAAAGCUGAGUUCUGGUAAGGGUCAAAGAUCAAAGAGAAAGAGACCUUCAAGUUUAGUGGACAAUACCUCUUUGGAGGAAGACGGUGAAGCUACAACACCUUUUCAUCAAGAUAGUUCAAGGAGCGAUGAGAUGAUGGAUGCUAACUGGAUUUUGAAAAAGUUGGGUAAAGAUUCAAUAGGAAAGAGAGUCGAAGUCGAAGGAUCUCAGAACUCAUGGAAUAAAGGAACAGUAACAGACGUUAUUGGAGACACGUCCACAUUGUCGGUUUCGCUAGAUGAUGGAAGCAUGAAGACAUUUGAACUUGGAAAGCACAAUGUCCGCUUCAUACCGCAGAAGCAAAAGAGGUCGAAGAGUUGAUUGGACCAUCAAGCAGCGUAUUAGUGACUAACUUUAUGUGUGCGAGCCAUCUACAUGAGAAUACCUGGCGCUGAGGCAUUUAGUGAGUUUUAAACUAGUUUUGGUGGUAAUUAUCAGAACCACGCCUACUUUGUAGAUAUUUGUGAUACUGGAGGUUGAUGAUCUUGUUAAGGGUCGUUCCCUGUAAUUCAGGCUAGGUUGAUAAUAAAACUUUUUGGAAACUCAUGUAACAUUUUUCCUUUGAAUUCAAGCAUGCGAGUGGAACCCACAGUUCUACUCUGUUACUAAAUGAUC